UUGUGUAUAAGUUUUGAUGCCUAUUCUUUUAUAUAACAACUAUGAACAGCUGGAGAUUAAAGAAAAGCAAGCAAAAGGGGAAUUUACUCCACAUCGGAACCAAGAUGCCUUAUCCGAGGCUCUUGGGAAGUCAGAUCAUUUGGGCCGGGCACGUGGAUUUGGAGGGGUGAAUGUCGGGGUCAAAAGGGCGUUUGGAAAGGCAACAUCAAAGCCUAAGUCUGAUCAUGAGACAAUAAAAGCACAACUUCGGGAGGAACUUCGGGAGGAAAUGAGAGAAGAGUUAAAGGCUAGCAUGAAGGCCAAUCUCCCUUCCAUUUUAGAAUCUAUGGGUUUAAGUACCACAUUGCCUUCAACAACUCCUUCGAACCACUCUCAACGUUCACCACCCAGGCAAAUUGAGCUACCCCAUGAGAAGGCUCUGCCAUCUGAGUUGGAGGAGGUUCUGCCGCCCUUCGAGGUAGAAACUACAUGCCAACUUCUACUUAAAGACCCGGAAUCUGGAGCAAUGUAUGAUGUGGCGAGUGCUACCGCAUAUCCACCUCGUGAGAAUGAAGUUUGUCACACUGUAUCGUUACUUCCCGGUCAUUUGAAGGUGAAAAUUCAGAAAGUGCCAGAUGAAUUCUUGGGCUUGCCACUUCCUGUUCCUGUUCCGGCGUUCGAAAUUGAGGCAAUGGAGAAUGCUAUUGGUACAUAUGUGCAAUGGCCUACUACAUUAAUUAGAUUUUCAGUUGAGGUAAUAAGAUUCUAA